CUCACACUCAGUUAUCGGUACAAAUGGCGUGGUAUUUUUUUAACCAUACAUUUUCUUUUAUUUUAGGUGAUAGUGAUAGAAAUUAUUUGCCAUUAGGUGCAACCAAUAUUCUACCAUAUCCAGUCACAGCAACACCUCCCCGUUCAUCAACUAGAACACAGCGUGUUCGUGCCAUAUUUAAUUAUAAUUCAGCCGCUGAUGAUGAACUUAAUCUUGUAAUUGGCGAUGAAAUUAUAUUAAUUGAAAAACGUCCGGACGGUUGGUGGAGAGGCGAGUUAAGAGGUCGAAAUGGAUUAUUUCCUGGCAAUUUUGUUAAAGAAAUUUGA